GAUAAUUAACUAGGUAGCGGGCAAAGAGCAUGUUUAUUCUGUCUCUUUACUUAUCGCUAAACCCCAAAUGAACAUCAUCAGCCUUCUUUGUCCUUUGAUAACUACAUUGGUAACCAUUUCUAAACACAUUCCACAUCAAUGGAUGUGCGUUCUGUAUUAUUUUCUGUAUAUAGGCCUACAUUGAGCGUCAUUUUCAUGUUUUUUUUCAAUGCAUUAAGCCACUUUCGCCGAUUUACGAUUUUAGGAUAAGGACUUAAAGCCAUAAAGGAAUCAUAUAUUAAGGGAAUUACAUCUCAAUUUUCGCAGAUCCAAGUCGCCUCUCCAUGAUGGCUACCGAGAAGAGUCCCGACCAGCCGGCCGUCAUCACGACCACGACUGUCACAUCGCAUACGACCACCACCAAACAAAUGAAAUCAAGUUCGGGUUUCGGAAUUCAAUUCGAUAAGUCUUUUGCCAAGUCGCCUCAGGGCGUCCUUGCCCUCAUAGAAGCCUUCUAUUCUUUUGUGGCGUUUGUCAUCAUCGCGGCGAGUGAACACCAGAUAUAUAAAUCGGGCAGUUUUGCUUUCUUUAUGACUGUCACCUUUAUCGUUUUCUUUUUCACAAUGUGCUACUAUAUUGGUGAGGUCACAAACCUACGAUACAAGCUACAGUUACCAUGGACGAUACUGGAUAUGUGGAUCUACUCCAUAUACAUCUUAACCUUGUUGAUAUCAUCUUCUUUGGUAGCAGCUAAUGGAUAUUUACCCAACCACGGUGCAGGGGCGACUCUAGGUUUUGUUGUAAUGCAGCUCUACAUGAUCAGCCUUGUCCUUACGAUACUGCAAUUUCGGGCAAACCAAGCUCUUAAACAGCAGUCGACGGGGGCCAUGGGGGUUGACAACACAGCCAACACAAUAGGUGCAGGGGCGGCCCCCGACAAUUUUUAUAAUGGCCCUGGGCCAGCAUAUUAGUUGAAUAAUCUUCUUUCAAAUAUUUUAUAAAUUCAAAAGGGGAGGGGUCAUAACCUUAUCAUCUAAAGUUUUUAAUUAAGUGAUAUAUUAUAUUUCUAUGUGAUUCGAUUUACGAAUAGACUAUGCAGAUAUUCUAUCAAUUAGAAGAGAUAUUGUAUAUUAUAUUUUUCAUAUUCGAUCUAGACCUAUAAGAAUUAUCUAACCGCGUGGCCGUCAGGUUUAAUGUGUUUGUGUAUGGUGUUUAUUAUUGAUUGUGUGCUAUCCGUUUAUUUGUUCAUGCAAACUGUGCCACCUUUUUUUUGUUUUUGUUUUUACUUUUAAAGUGGUCAGAGAGAAACAAAACGGAACGUUCAGUGGAUAUUGUUUACGAACUUAUCAUAUUUCUAUCAUUAUCUGGGUCAGUUCUUUAAUCUGCUUUGGCAUCAAUAUAAAUUUAUGAUUUAUUUACAGGGUAUGCUUCAUUCUAAAGAUACAUUAUGACAAUAAACACUUAGUAUAAUUUUCUUGUUAUGAUUGCAUAUAUAAUGUUAUCAUUGUAGUAUAACUCAAGAAGUACAUGUCAAGUGAAUCAAGUUUAUUAAUAAAUUCAAUUUAUUUCAUUAUUGUUAUGCAAAACUACACAACUCUCAAUUAAUUGCAAAGUAUUUCUUCAAAUUUCGUAUUCAUCUUAGCUGCUCGUGUCCAUUUUGUACAGCAAGCAACCAAAAAUAUAGUUUUCUAUCGCAGCUGUGUUAUUAUAAUAAAAUACUAUAUAUUUCACAUUUUUCAUAUAUUUGUCUCUUUGAAUUUCAAAAUCGUAUCACAGUUAUGUUAAUGAAGCAUGUAGGUUUGUAUUCAUGAUGAAAUUGUAUGUAUUUCAUUCUUUACUAUAUAUGAUGUUUGUAUUAAAAUUCAAUGCGUGCAUUGAAUUGUAAUACCAACAUACGGGGCAAACGGGAAUCCCCAUUAGUAUUUAAAAAAUGUUCUCAAAGCUUUAUGGUCCAACUGAAACAAUAAUUGUUGAAGAAAAAACAUUUAAAUUAAUCAGCUCUAUAGCAUGUUUAUAUUUCGAUUUGUACCUUUCAUUUUCUAUUUUCCUUUUAAGAUGGUCAGACGGUAAGAUCAGAUUAUAAAAUAGUUUUCUUGGACAUUUAUAGGCUUUUACAUCGAAUACAAAUUGAGUGCGGCAAGAAAGGUAUUUGAUAAUGGUAUUCACGUGAAAUCUUGUACAUUUCAUUUUUAUUGGAAAAAUAAAUUGACUGAGAAAAGUGUA